CCGGUCGUACCUGUGGGAUCACUUUGCUACUGAGCUGACACAAGACCGUCACAGCAUCUUCACUCAUUGGACGGAUAAAAGUUGAGGACCAUGGCGUCCGACCACGACAACUGCCACCUCUGUAAGGAGUACCUCAGGGAUGCUGUGUCCAUUCCAUGCGGGCACGUCUUCUGCUCCAUUUGCCUGAAGACCUACUGGGACCAUGCAGACCACACGGGCACGUACCUCUGUCCGCAGUGCCGUGUCACCUACAACAAAAGACCCACGCCAAGACGAGUGGGAAGCUCCCGGAACUCCACCCUGCAACGCAACUCGGAUCCCUUCCCGCCGCCGCCGCCGUCCCCUGACUAUAACGUCGCCGGACCGCAGGACGUGGGAUGCGACAUUUGCGUCGGCAAGAAGAACAAAGCCGUCAAGACCUGCCUGAUGUGCCUGGCGUCCUACUGCGAGAGGCAUCUCAAACCCCAUUACGAGUCGGCGACUUUUAAACGGCACAAGCUGGUGGACGAAAUCGGUCAUCUGGACCGGCAGAUCUGCCCCCAGCACCAGAAGGGUCUGGAGCUCUUCUGUCGCACCGACCAAAUGUGCAUCUGUGUGCUGUGCACGGUGAAAGAACACAAGGGUCACGACAUGGUGUCUGCUGAGCAGGAGAGGGCUGACGAACAGCAACGCCUCGGUGCCACCCAGGCCGAGAUCCAGGAAAAGAUUCACGAUCGACUCAAGCAGAUGGAGGAGCUGAAACAAGCAGUCGACGUACUCAAGACCUCAGCCCAGAGAGCAUUGCAGGAGUGUGAGAAGAUGUUUGCCGACAUGAUGCGCUCCAUCGAGAGGAUGCAGCAAGAGAUGGCCAAGAUGAUCUCCACCAACAAGCGUGCGGCGCUCAACAACGCCGAGGGUCACAUGGAGCGUCUGGACCACGAGAUCGCUGACCUGAAGAGGAGAGACAACGAGAUCACUCAGCUGUCCCGCACCGAGGACCACAUCCACUUCAUCCAGAGCUACCACAUGCUGAUAGCCCAGACCGAGGCCGAGGAGCUGCCCACGGUGACCGUUAACCCUUACUUCACCUUCGACCCGGUUAACAAGGCGGUGUCCGAGAUGAAACAGCACCUGAAUGAAUUUGGAAAUGAUGAACUGGUGAAAGUGGCCAAAACAGUCAACAAAAUGACCUUUUGCCAACUGGACGACUCCAAAAAGAAGCGCACGUUAAAAGUGGACGAAACCCCCAUGUACAGAUCCGUGCAAGUCCAGGAACCUCAACACAGGGAUGAUUUCCUGAAAUAUGCUUGCCAGCUCACGCUGGACCCGAACUCGGCCUACAGACAGCUCUAUCUCUCUCGAGGAAACAGGAAGGCAACCCUGAAGAGAGACCCCCAGUCUUACGGCGACAGCGCCUCCAGGUUUGACUCCCUGCCUCAGGUGCUGUGCAUGGAGGCCCUCUCGAACGGGGCCUUCUACUGGGAGGUGGAUUGGAGCGGCGAGGGGGCUGCCGUCGGCGUCACCUACCGAGGCAUCAAGAGGACGGGUUACGGCGACAGCUGCCGCAUCGGAUACAACCGCAAGUCUUGGAGCCUCUUCUGCUCCGACGCCAGCUACUCAGCGCGCCACAACAAGGACCAGAUCGAGGUCAAGGCCCCCUACUCUUCGAGAAUCGGGGUGUUCCUCGACCACGCGGGGGGGAUGCUCUCUUUUUACGCUGUCGGAGAAACCAUGUCUCUCAUCCAUCGCUUUAAGGCGUCAUUCAGCGAAGCUGUCUACCCGGGUUUCUGGGUUUGGUACGAGUCGGCCAUCACUCUCAUCCAGCUCUGAUUCAUACAAUAGUCUUCACCGUCUGAGUUAUCACACAAAUAUGAUGAUAUACAUUUAUUUGGGGGUGUUGGGCGAAUUAUUCUUAAUGACAACAUAUUGUACAAGUGUGAACGAGAUGAACAAAGUAUGGCCCAAAGUAUAAAAUCAGCAUUUACAUCAAAAUGAGCUGUAUUUGAUUGAAGUGUCCAAUCAGAUGUGAUUAUAUGCAGCAUUUAUUUUUUCAAUAAACAUUUUGUA